AUGAAGUUCUUAGCCGCUGUCUUCCUCGUCGCAAACCUCUUUGUACCUGGAAUUCCAGUUCCGAUAAGUUCUUCUAACACCAGGAGGCUACUAAGCAAGCUUGAAGAUGACGGUUGGGCCGGAAUCCUUCAUUCGUGUUCCGAAAUGGAAUACGAGACUUCUCUAGUUGUCGACGAGCAUGUGUUCGUGGUUUCAACCCCAGUCAUGAUAGACAAAUCUGGCAAUUCUGAUUGUCCAAGCGUAGCCAUGGAGCAGAGUGAUUACUAUGCAAGACCGAAUCGUAAUAAUGUCGGAAUCCGUAGCGUCAAUGUUCAUAAUUUCACACUCACAAAGGAUCUCCCUCGUCUGUCGCUUGGAACUUUUCCCCUUUUGGAGAUCGCGAACGCAUUUCACAGUGCGAGAGCAAAAGUUUCUUCUUAUCCAGACAGAAUGAAGAGCUACAACUUCAUCAUGCAGAACUGCGGUGACUUUCCUGCUCACAUGCUGACCCUUUUGAACGUCAAUUUCGAUCAUGAAAUGGUUCGAUACAUUGCAAAGAGGCUUACAGAGACACACCGUACCUUCGCUGGGAACGUACGCACCAGUCCCAACGCAGUGAGUUUGGUAAAUGAUAAGAGCACGAUCGAUGGGCUAACAGACCUACAGCUGCUCGAGUUGGUCGUUGAGUCAAAGGUGAAACAUCUCUAUGAUUCGUCAACGAGACCGCUUAGCGAUAUCUACAAUGAUCCCUCUCAUGGUCAUCGCCGAAGAGUGCUUUCAAGAGUGGAGAAUGAAGCAAUUGCUGACCGUAGGCGCCUAGCUUCGGUUGAUUGUGGCCAGUGGUACUCUUCGCGUUGUCUUGCAGAAAGCGAUAUUCGCUAUGAUUCUGCUGCUUCAAAUGCUAUUGCCGACCAGAAUCCUGCUUGGAAAAAGUUCGAAGGGUUCUACGAAGGAACAGCCACAGCAUAUGGUCCUGAUGGGCGUGUGAUUGAGCCAUCAUUUCGUGAGGAAGGCGCAACGACGUUUGCAGCCAAUCAAAUGCCAUAUUCUCAAGCCCCCUUCAAAAUGUUCAUCAACAUCACGUUGACUGGCUCGAGAAUAUACGAACAAAUGACUUCAGUCUUCCCUCCUCCGCCCCAAGCGUUCUGUACUCUACCUGUGCCAGGGGGUAUGCAUAAUGUCCUUUUACCAGGCGAAUGCGGAUGGAGUGGGACCUCUGGUUUUUAUGAACGCUUUGGAACAAGUACCUUCGAGAAGGACGGAAGCGUUUCGAUGUUGCCCUUCGGGUCAACCAUGUUAGGCUCCAGCCUUGAUCGCAAGUCCUACGUCAGUCUUCCUGCCGGUGAAAGCAAUCACUUCUCGAGCUACCUGGAAGGUGGUGUGCUCGUCCAGUACGCUUCUGCAUGCCUUGAUGCAGAAUGCAGCCAACUAUCCACUACUAUCGAUCAGUAUGACACGUCUACUCCGGAAGGCGAAGAGUACGAAUUUGUGGCUUCGACACGCAUUUUCGCCACCCGGAUGGCAUCAUCGAGGCAGUUCCGUGAUGCAGUCGAAGCAGCCUACCUCGAGUACGAUGUGCCAUCUGAUCAAAGACCAUCUGAAGAUGGAUGUCUGUCUGGCUACUGUCCUGAUGAAAGCGAUUGGUGCGAAUACGAUCCUGAGUGUGCCGUGUCGCCGUAUCAAGAACCAGAAGCGUACGUCUUGGCCGGAGCAGUCGUUGGUAUCGUAGUUGCCAUCACGGUGGUCAUAUUCCUUGCUUUAUUCGCUCUGCACAGACGUCAAAUGAAGCAAAAGGAGGCUGUUGUGCGCACCAUGUUUGCGAAUCGCGUUGCGGAGGGCAUCACCAUCACUGGCAGCUCUGAUAUUCUGUCACCGGAUCAAUUGGUCGCCAAGUUCAACAAGAUCGACAAGGAUAAGGGAGGAACCCUCGAGAAAGGAGAGCUUUGGACAUUCUUGGAGUCUGGAAAGGUUGGUAGUAUGAGCCGAAGUGACUUUGAUUUGCUGUUCUCCGUGAUUGAUAUUGAUAAGAGCGGUAAUGUCGACUUCAACGAGUUUGUUGCCUUCUAUUCCCAUGCGACGGCAAAUAUGUCCUGA